UGCCAUUCCUGGAGCGCCACGCAAAAGCAGCUCUCGCAGAGCAAUCUCUCCCUCUUUCAGGCUGGGCUCCUUGGCAGCCAGUCCUUGUGCAAGAGGCGCUUCUGCAGGGGGCUCUCAGGUUGCAAUCAUGGCUGACGCGCCAGCAGGCGACCGCGGGGGCUUCGGCCGGGGCUUCGGCGACCGGGGUCGCGGUGACAGAGGCCGUGGCGACAGGGGCCGCGGCGAUAGGGGCCGUGGCAGGAGGGGGCCCAAGAGAGAGGAGGAGGAGAAGUGGGUGCCUGUGACCAAGCUCGGGAGGCUGGUGAAGGAGGGAAAGAUCAAGUCCCUGGAGCAGAUUUACCUCUUCUCUCUCCCCGUUAAAGAGCACCAGAUUGUGGAGUUCUUCCUGGGCCCUGCGCUCAAGGACGAGGUCAUGAAGAUCAUGCCUGUGCAGAAGCAGACCCGCGCCGGGCAGCGCACGCGCUUCAAGGCCUUUGUGGUCGUUGGCGACAGCAACGGGCACGUCGGGCUUGGUGUUAAGUGCUCCAAGGAAGUUGCUACUGCCAUCCGGGGCGCUAUCAUCCUGGCUAAGAUCUCGGUCAUUCCUGUGCGGCGGGGCUACUGGGGGAACAUGCUCGGAAAGCCUCACACUGUACCCACCAAGGUGAACGGCAAGUGCGGGUCGGUAACGGUGCGGCUGGUGCCUGCGCCACGGGGGUCCGGGAUUGUCGCUGCCCGUGUGCCCAAGAAGGUGCUGCAGUUUGCCGGUAUCGACGAUGUGUUCACAUCGUCUCGGGGGUCCACCAAGACGCUCGGAAACUUCGUCAAGGCCACUUUCCAGGCCCUUCUCAAGACGUACUCCUACCUCACCCCCGACCUGUGGCGCGAGACCCGCUUCGUCAAGUCUCCUUACCAAGAGUUCACUGACUUCCUGGCCAAGCCCAACAAGAUCGCAGUCAUUGAGGACCUUGGUGUCGAGAAGAGCGCCUACUAGGCGACACGCUGCUUUUUGUGAGCAACGCGCAAGGAGGACUGUCUGAUCGUACUUCAAUUGUAUUGCAUAUAAGGUUGCAAGCUGCGUCGAUCAUCAUAGAAUGUUCCAGCAUGUAUUUCGCACGAGUAGAUGUGGCAGAAGUGCGGCGUGCUUCAAAGCAUGCCGCCCUUAAGCGCAUGCCGGGUUCAUAUCUGACCCAGAAUGACUGCAUCUAUGCUUCAUAUGUGUGUAGGUUGUUCGAAUCUGAAUUAAGGAACAUCCACGCCAUAUGCAGCAGCUUGCUCAGUGAGCGAAGUUGGUUAAACCUUCAAGUAGCUUGGUGUCCAGCAUCCGACGUUUGUACGCGACGCCCAACGGUCAUCAAUUAUAUCGACCUGUGGUAGGCAUGGGCAAACUCAUGUGGGGGCACUGCGGCAAGUAAACUCUGAAC